UGGUCUAAAAAUGGACCCGAUAAAUGAUGUUUGGACAGUUGUCGGAGCUCAUUAUGAAGAUGCAAAUAUGGAAAGUUUUGUAUCAUUUAGUACAGUUAUUGGAUUUAAACAUCAAAAGACUGGAGUAUGUUUACACUCUCAUGGCACUUGUAAUGGAGUCACCCCCAAAUCAAAGUAUCAGCAAGAUAGAAAUGGAGAUGAUGAUUGGUUAAUUCGGCGUUUUACCCUUGAUACUUCUUAUGUUGACGAACCUAAUUUAAAGGAUGAAGAAGAAUCUUGUUUAAAGAAUGAUGAUGACCCUUAUUUGAUGAAUAAUGAUGUCAUUAGUCUUUUCCAUAUAAGUACUGGUAAACCAGCACUUUACAGUCAUUCCGUCCUAUUGAAUGACGGAAGCCAAGAAGUUUGCUGCCGUGGAAAUGGAAGUGAUGAAAACAAUAAGUGGCCAUUAAUUAAUUGA